UCACACGGGGAAGUGCGAGCGGUCGUGUCGUGUCGUCUCGUCUCGUGUCGCGUCACAGGCAACGGCAAUAGCAACGGCAGCAGCAACUCCUCGGUGCAUCGUCGUUGGGUCGAGUGUCGACGACGUGCAGCAAACAACAUCCCGCACCGGACAUCCCCGUCAGUAAACAUAGAGGGGGUGUAACGGGGACGGGCGGUCGCUAAAUAGCCAACGAGAAAUAGUGCGAGUGCUAGUGUCUGUGAGAAGUGGGUGCCUGUUCGAGGAGAGGAGCUCCGGGUGUUCGUGAGAGUCGCUGUCAGUAGCCGAUAAGGUGACAUGAAAUAUAAGAAAGCGCCCAGAAAUAAUAUGAUGUGGCGGAAAUCUCCCGUAAUGCUCGGGAGUUUUCUCCGUCCCGCAGUUUUACUUUUCAUUUCAUCAGUAUGUAUGAUGGCAGUAUCAGCAGAAGACGAAACUAUGGGUCCUAUCUUCAUUAAGGAACCACCCAAUCGAGUAGAUUUUUCCAAUGGUACUGGAGCUGUGAUCGAAUGCCAAGCAAGAGGAAAUCCUCAACCAGAUAUAAUUUGGGUUCGUGCUGAUGGAACUGCUGUUGGUGAUGUACCUGGACUACGACAAGUUUUGCCAAAUGGGAAUUUGGUAUUUCCACCAUUUAGAGCCGAAGAUUAUCGCCAAGAAGUGCAUGCACAAGUUUACAUUUGUCUUGCAAGAAAUCCCGUUGGUUCCAUUCACAGCCGAGAUGUAAAUGUCAGAGCUGUGGUCGCACAGUAUUAUGAUACUGACGUGAACAAAGAAUAUGCGAUUCGAGGAAACAGUGCUGUGUUGAAAUGUGUCGUGCCAUCCUUCGUCGCAGAUUUUGUGACAGUUUUAUCUUGGCAUACCGACCAAGGAGAGGAAUUUGUAAGAAAUAAUGACGGCAAUGAGGAUUAUGAUGGUAAAUAUCUCGUACUUCCAUCUGGAGAAUUACAUAUUAAAGACGUAGGACCUGAAGAUGGAUACAAGACCUACCAGUGCCGAACAAAGCACAGACUAACCGGAGAAACAAGAUUAUCUGCUACCAAAGGACGAUUGGUCAUUACAGAGCCAGUGGCCACAAAAGCACCGAAAUUUUCGAAUGACGCGAAAAAAUCCUGGUACGACAAAACAUCAGGCUUCGACAUGACGUUAUUCUGCCCAGCUCAAGGGUUUCCUGUCCCGAGCUACAGAUGGUACAAGUUUAUCGAGGGCACCUCUCGACGUCAGCCGGUUCAGCUGAACGAACGCGUGCGCCAGGUCAGCGGAACCCUAAUUAUUCUCGAAGCCCAGGUCGAGGACUCGGGCAAGUAUCUCUGCGUCGUGAAUAAUUCCGUAGGUGGCGAAAGCGUGGAGACGGUUCUCACCGUAACAGCGCCCCUCUCGGCCGACAUCGAGCCCAGAAGCCAGACGAUCGACUUCGGUAGGCCGGCCACCUUCACCUGCAACAUUAAAGGCAACCCCAUCAAGACCAUCUCCUGGCUGAAGGACGGCAAGCCCCUUAGCCACGAAGAGACUGUGCUGCGGAUCGAGAGCGUUAAGAAGGACGAUAAGGGAAUGUAUCAGUGCUUCAUUCGUAACGACCAAGAGAGCGCUCAAGCGACCGCUGAACUUAAGUUGGGAGGACGCUUCGAACCACCGCAAAUUCGAUCGGCUUUCCACGAAGAGACUCUUCAACCCGGACCAAGUGUCUUUCUUAAAUGCACGGCCAGUGGUAAUCCGACACCGGAAAUUACGUGGGAGCUGGACGGGAAGAAAUUAUCCAAUACCGAACGAUUCCAAGUCGGACAGUACGUCACCGUGAACGGAGACGUUGUUUCGAACCUCAACAUUUCCAGCAUCCACACCAAUGACGGAGGACUAUACAAGUGCAUCGCUUCGUCAAAAGUGGGAUCUGCUGAACACUCGGCUCGGCUCAAUGUUUAUGGUCUUCCCUUCAUCCGUCACAUGGACAAGAAAGCCAUCGUUGCCGGAGAAACACUGCGAGUAACUUGCCCCGUUGCCGGGCACCCCAUCGACACCCGAGUACUUCCGAUCAACCGUAAGCAGAAGGUGUUCCCGAACGGAACAUUGAUCAUCGAGAACGUCGAGCGAAUGACCGAUCAAGCCACCUACACCUGCGUCGCUCGCAAUGCUCAAGGUUACAGCGCUCGAGGCACCCUCGAAGUACAAGUUAUGGUUGCUCCACAAAUACUGGCCUUUACGUUCGGCGAUGAGCCUGCCAACUGGGGCGACUUGAUGUCAGUAACGUGUUCCGUGGUAAAAGGAGAUCUUCCAAUUGAUAUAUCUUGGGCAUUUAAGGACACACUGUUAAAUGAUUUGCACGAUCACGACGUCGUCAUAGGGAGCACCAAUAAAAAGAACAGCGUACUAAGCAUUGAAUCCGUAACUGGCAAACACGUCGGGGAGUACAGCUGUUUGGCUUCGAAUCACGCCGGCGCUGCUUCUCAUACGGCAUUUCUAGCUGUCAACGUACCUCCACGUUGGAUUCUUGAACCGACCGAUAAAGCAUUUGCUCAAGGCUCGGAGGCUCGCGUUGAGUGUAAAGCCGAUGGUUUCCCAAAGCCCCAAGUCACAUGGAAGAGGGCUGCUGGCGAUACUCCCGGCGACUAUACCGACUUGAAACUCAAUAAUCCUGACAUCAGUGUCGAAGAUGGUACUCUCAUGAUCAACAAUAUUCAAAAGACAAACGAAGGAUAUUAUCUUUGCGAAGCCGUUAAUGGAAUUGGCUCUGGAUUAUCUGCCGUAAUUUUGAUUUCUGUGCAAGCUCCACCUCACUUUGAGAUCAAACUGCGAAAUCAAACGGCUCGUCGUGGCGAGCCAGCUGUAUUACAAUGUGAGGCUCAAGGCGAAAAACCAAUUGGCAUCCUGUGGAACAUGAAUAACAAACGAUUGGAUCCCAAGAGCGAUUCCCGUUACACCAUACGAGAAGAAAUAAUGGCCAAUGGCGUCCUCUCGGAUCUCAGUAUUAAAAGAACGGAACGAAGUGACUCGGCUUUGUUCACUUGCGUAGCCACCAAUGCAUUCGGUAGCGACGACACGAGCAUAAAUAUGAUUAUCCAAGAGGUACCGGAGGUCCCUUAUGGGCUCAAAGUCUUGGACAAAUCAGGUCGAUCUGUGCAGUUGUCUUGGGCGGCUCCCUACGACGGAAAUAGUCCAAUUAAACGAUACGUUAUUGAAUACAAGAUCAGUAAAGGCUCUUGGGAAACGGAUAUCGAUAGAGUCGUGGUACCCGGCUCACAGCAAAAUGUCGCUGGAGUUUUCAAUCUGAAACCGGCAACCACCUAUCAUCUACGCAUCGUUGCAGAAAAUGAAAUCGGCACUUCUGAGCCAUCCGAUACAGUAACUAUUAUCACAGCAGAAGAAUCACCGUCGGGCCCUCCGAGUACUGUGCGCGUCGAUGCUUUAGAUCAACACACACUUAAGGUGUCGUGGAAGCCGCCUUCCCGCGACGAUUGGAACGGCGAGAUUCUUGGUUACUAUGUUGGAUAUCGACUAGCGUCAUCCGAUAAGCCGUACAUGUUCGAAACCGUAGAGUUUUCCAAAGAAGAUGGAAAAGAGCAUCAUUUGCAAAUUAUGAACCUCAAGACCUACACCCAAUACAGCGUCGUCGUUCAAGCAUUCAAUAAAGUAGGAUCCGGGCCAAUGAGCGAGGAGAGAAGACAACACACUGCCGAAGGCGUGCCCGAACAACCUCCACACGACACCACUUGCACAACUCUCACGUCUCAAACAAUUCGCGUUUCAUGGUCCUCGCCACCUCUUGCAGCUGCCAACGGAGUCAUUACCGGAUACAAGAUUAUUUAUGGGCCCUCGGAAUCAUGGCACGAUGAAAAUACCAAAGAUACUAAGAUUACGUCGUCCAGCGAGACUAUUCUCCAUGGUCUUAAGAAAUUUACAAACUACAGUAUGCAAAUUCUUGCUUUCACUUCUGGUGGUGACGGUGUCAAAUCUGCACCCAUUCAUUGCCAAACCGAACAAGAUGCUCCCGAAUCGCCAACUGCGAUCAAAGCUCUAGUCAUGUCUGCCGAUUCAAUUUUGGUUUCUUGGCGACCUCCAACUCAGCCAAACGGAAUUAUUUCGCAAUAUACAGUUUAUACGAAAGCGAACAACUCGGAACAAGCGGUUAGCCAAAAAGUACCACCGACUCAAUUGACACACGAAGUCUCCGGAUUAAACGAAAAACGGCGCUAUGAUUUUUGGGUGACGGCUAGUACAAAUAUUGGAGAAGGACAGCCCUCGAAAAUUGUCAAUCUUGCACCUAGCGCUAGUGUACCGGCGAAAAUUGCAUCUUUCGACGACAAGUUCGUUGCAACAUACAAAGAGGACGUUAAGCUGCCGUGCUUAGCAGUCGGAGUUCCCGCUCCCGAAGUCACCUGGAAAGUAAGGGGUAUGAAGCUUGCGCCAACCGAUCGCUUACGACAAUUGCCCGAGGGUUCUCUAUUUAUCAAGGAGGUCGACCGUACGGACGCCGGAGAGUAUUCGUGCUACGUUGAAAAUACAUUUGGUCAUGACACCGUAACCCAUCAACUCAUAGUGCAUGCUCCUCCGCAUUCACCUCAAGUAACAUUAACCGCCACAACGACCAACUCGUUGACCAUGAAAUUGCGUCCUCAUCCUACGGAUAAUGCGCCUAUUCACGGAUACACUAUUCAUUACAAACCUGAAUUUGGAGAUUGGGAGACUGUGCAAAUUAGCUCAACCGCUCUCAAAUACACCUUAGAAAAUCUCUGGUGUGGAUCGAGAUAUCAAAUUUACGUCACUGCCUACAACGCAAUUGGUAUGGGUGAGCCGUCAGACAUACUUAAUACGCGCACAAAAGGCUCGAAACCCAUAAUACCCGAAGCAGCGAGAUUCAUCGAAGUGUCAACCAAGAGUAUCACGCUACAUCUUCAUGCUUGGUCCGAUGGUGGCUGUCCAAUGCUUCACUUUGUCGUUGAGCAUAAGAAAAGACACCAGCAAGAGUGGAACCAGGUGUCGAACAAUGUGAAACCCGGCGGUAACUUCGUAGUAAUGGACUUGGACCCCGCAAGUUGGUACCACCUCCGUGUCACCGCACACAACAACGCCGGAUUCGCAGUGGCCGAAUACGAAUUCGCAACGCUCACCGUAACCGGAAGCACCAUUGCGCCGGCCCGCGAACUUCCGGACGUAAACGCAGGUGACAGCAGCGACGAUCCCAUGAAAAUAUUCAUGGCCAAUUUAAAUCUGGUGGUACCUGUUGUUGCGGCCGUACUCGUCAUUAUCGUUGCCGUUAUCGUGAUCUGCGUCCUAAAGGGCAAGGGUCACGACGACGAAAAAGACGAUGUAGUUUACCAACAGACCGGAGUGGUUGGCGCUACAUUGGAUAAGAGAAGACCUGAUUUACGGGAUGAAUUAGGGUACAUUGCGCCACCAAAUCGUAAACUGCCACCAGUGCCGGGAUCCAAUUAUAAUACAUGCGAUCGCAUUAAACGAGGAACAGUCAUAAGUAAGUCGAGUCUCAUAUUAUUCGGGAAAAUUGCAGGUUUUGAGCGUACCUUGUGUUUAACAGGUAGGAACGGCUCGGUAAGGAGCCACCAUGCCACUUGGGAUCCCCGACGACACAUGUACGAGGAGUUGAGUCAUUAUGCGCCCAACAGGAGGUGCCCCCCACCACCGCCACACGGCAGCAGCGAUCAACUGGCACAUCGAGGCAUGGAAGACGAAAUCUGCCCGUAUGCAACGUUCCACUUACUGGGCUUCCGCGAGGAAAUGGACCCGAGCAAGGCGAUGCAGUUCCAAACUUUCCCUCAUCCAGGUAAUGGGCACUCCGGCACGAUGGGACCUGCAGUAGGUCACCCAACUAAUUCAUCGGCCCACAGUAGAUCGGGAUCCCAGUCCAUGCCGAGGCAGAAUGGCGGCCGCUAUUCGCGAGUGCCAUCCCAGGGCGGUAGCACCGGCGGUAACACCAACAUCUUUACCCCCGAAUACGACGACCCGGCCAAUUGCGCGCCCGAGGAGGAUCAGUACGGCUCCCAGUACGGCCAAUACGGGGCGCCCUACGAUCAUUACGGGUCUCGUGGUUCCGUCGGAAGACGUUCCGUCGGCUCCCUGCGUAACCUCCCGGUCUCCAACUCGCCCGAACCACCGCCGCCGCCACCGAGGAACCACGACCAGAACAACUCGAGCUUCAACGACAGCAAAGAGAGCACCGAUGUCAACGACCAGGACGACCGCGACCAGUUGAUACGCAGCUACGGAGCGAAUUCUCGUGGCAAGGAUGUCAAGACAACGGAGGAGAUGCGUAAGCUCAUUGAAAGAAACGAAGCCGCCAAGCAAAACAACUGCUCCUUCGGCAACCACGCAGGACUCCUCACAUCCUACGAUACUGUGGCAGUGUAAUCUGUAAGCUCCUCGACUAUAAUGGAUCGACGACGUUCAUUUUUCUCAACCGGACUGUCCUUAACUGCCAAUUUUUCCACUUUUUAUCAACGUGUUGUUAGCCCAUUCUUCUUUACGGUAAAACGUAUUACGGCGGACCGAGCUAAUUGCGUCGACGCAUAUUAUCCUCGUUUAUAUUAAAUGUAAUGUAUUGAAUCCGGGUAAGGAAUAACUCAUUCGUUAUGGUAGAAACGAAAUAAGAGUGUAUGAGACUAGGUAGGAGGAGGGGAGAAACAGAACGAUGGUAACAUCCCAGAUAAUCGACGAGUCUCGAAUUCUAUGUGACUUGGAGUGUAUUUAUGAGCGUAUAUGAUUGAAUCGGUAGGUAUGGGGG